UAUAGUAUAGAUUACUACUACACAUGUAUUUAAAAAUAAGUAAUAUUUAUGAUAACUAUUGUUUGUAAUUUGUAAAAAUAACGGUCCCGCGUCCCGGCUAUUUAACAGAAUUUUGUUUUAAGUAAUCAGUCACGUAGAUGACUGAUAAAACAAAUUGAUUUCAGUUCUGUUUGACUUCGUAAUGUGACCUAUUCUUAAGUUACUUAGACCGUGACUUGACUGUUGUUUUGUGACGACUUCAAAGUUACAGAGAUGACUUCAAUGAAGACUAAUUUCUGGAAUCAAAAUACGAAGAACGAAGAACGCAAAGAAGAUAAACCGCCUUAUUCCCGAAUUUUCGUAGUUUGCAGUAAACAACUGCAGGAGGAUGAUUUAAAAGCGCCUUUUGAAAAAUUUGGCGAUAUCGAGGACUUGUAUAUACCUAGAGAUCGUAAUACCGGAGAAUCGAAGGGCGUAGCGUAUAUAAAAUACAAUAAAACAUCAUCAGCAGCAGCGGCCAUUGAAGAAUUGCAUAUGAAAAUAUUAAAAAAUGCACAAAAGCCCAUCAAGGUAAUGGUUGCUGCCAACAAAAACGAUAUACAAUCCAACAACGAAGAGAAGUAUAAGAGACUUUUCAUUAAAGUACAUAAAGAGGCAUCUGAGAGUGAAAUCAGGGAGCAUUUCUCAAAUUUUGGCAAUGUUGAUUCUGUCCACUUGCAGAGAAAUAGACUCACAAACAUUUGCAAAGGCUUCGCUUACGUCAACUAUGCAAACUUUCUAGAUGCUGCUAAAGCUUUUGAAAACUGUGACCGUAAAUAUAGACCAGUAUUUGCUACGCCUAAAGAUGAACUGAAAAGAAGUAGAAACAGUUUAGAGGAAGCAGGAAUGAAUUUUGUUGAAAGCCCACAGCUGAAUAUUAAUAAUACCAGAGAUAAUUCAUUUGAGAAGUAUAAUUGGGCUCACAAUGGUGUUCAUAAGGAUAACUUAAAUUUAAUAAAAGUUCCGUCCCAAAACUAUGACACUGUAAAUGUAACUUGUAGUCCACAGGUAUCACAGAAGCACAUUGAGAAACUGUUUAAUAUUGUCCCUGGAAUGACACAAUGUCAAUACACUACAGAUGCAUACAAUGGUGUUUGUAAGGCAACUAUUACAUAUGAGUGUGAGAAGGCAGCUGCAUAUGCAGUUGAGAGACUUAACAACUUUGAAUUCCCAUCUGGUGAAAUAGUUUCUGUGAAACCAGAUGACAAUCCUUUGAACAAAGCUGCAAGCACUUUGACGACAAUUGUGAACAGCUUCAGGAACUCUAUAGAUGCUGGGAGCUCUGGUAGAGAACUGUUGCAACUGGCUGAUGCUAUUGCCCAAGCAUCUUCUUUAAUAAAAGCAGCUACAUCAGGAAAAGCAGACGUAAAAGUGGAUCAACAGAACAGUCUCUGCAGUGUACCACUGCCACCUCUUCAGCCAAUUGUCAACAGUAACAGUAGAGUUGCUCAGAGAUGUUUCAUAGUAUGUAAGCCAUGCCCUCCCCCUAACACAGUAUUGAGAGAUGCAUUCUGCCGUUUUGGAGAUCUGAUAGAUGUUAGUACUUUUCCAAAUAAAACAUUUGGUUUUGCUAAAUAUGCCUCUAUAAAGUCAGCUCAGGAAGCCAUCACAACAUUAAAUGGGGCAGUCCUCUCUGGUAUAAAACUUAAAGUUAUGGAGGCUGAUGAGAAGCCUACAAAAAAUGAUGACUAUAAAAUGAUUGUAGAAGAAUCUAACGAUAACUAUCCUGAUUAUGAGAAAGAGACAAGGAAGAGAAUGAAAAUCCAAGACAAAGACUCAAAUGCUGAUAAUGACUGCUAGCUGAUGACUGAUACAUGAUUUGACUGUCAAUUAAAUAAUUUUAACAUUAAGACUUACUAAAGACAUAUUCGAAAGGAAUAAGUGUUGUGACAAAUAAAUAUAUUGAAUGGAAUUUGCUAUACUUUGAAUGAAAUAUUGAAUACAUUAUUUAGAUAUU